AUGCUAAUAGCCACCAGUUUGAAGUUACGUUACGGAAAUAAUAAAUUGAUAAGGUCUUCAAGACCUAGGAAAUCAAAACCAAGAAGUUCGGGAAGAAGUAAAACUCUUUCAAAAAAUAAAGUGGUCAUAAGACGUUUACCACCUUUGUUGCCUGAAAGUCAGUUCUUGGAAUCAGUUAAACAAUGGGUAAAUGAAAACACAACUGAUCAUUUCAAGUUUUAUCCAGGACGAGUUAGUAAAAGUAAAAAUAAAGAAUGUAUUUAUUCAAGAGCUUAUAUACAUUUCAAAAAUAUUGAACAAGUACUGGAAUUUCAUAGAGUUUAUGAUAAUCAUUUAUUUAGAGAUAAACAAGAUCCUGAUUAUAUUGCAUUUCUUGAGGCUAUAAAAGCGGAAGAGGCACAACAAAAUGCAUUCAAAGAACCAAGUGCCACUUUGGAAGGCGGUGCUACUCAAUUAGAAAGAUUGGAAAAUCGUUUAGCUAGUGCUGCAGCAUCGAAUGCGCCUGAAAAGCCAAAAACUACUCCAUUAAUUGAAUAUUUACGUGCUCAAAAAUCUGGUACUAAAUCAAAAUCCUUAACAACUAUAACAUCAUCAACAUCAAAAAUUUCAUCAAUACUUUCAUCCGCCAAUCCUCCUUCAUCAUCACAAACAACAUCUAAAUCCGUAGGUGAUGAUGCUACUACUAAACCUACCACCAUUAAAGCUGAAACCAACGAAUCAAAAGAAAAGGAACCCAUAAGAAAUUCAGCUGUAAAGAUAACAAUUCAACAACGUCAAAAAGAUCAAAUAAGACAAAUUAUACAAAGACCAGUAAAAAAAGAAGAUAAAGAAUCUACAAUCGAAACUAAAGAACCGAAUAAUUCUUUUGACAAUAAUAAUAAUAAUUUUGAAGUUAAAGAAAAUACCAGUGAAACAAAGAAGAAUGAAGUGCCUAACAAGGAAAUAACUUCGGCAACAACCUCAACAGCAACAAUUAAUUCAUCGACACGAUCAUCCACUACAAGUUAUUCAAAUUCUCCAUAUUCAUCACAUCGUAAUAGACGUGAUAAAAGAAGAAAUUAUAGCUUUGAUAAUAAACCACAUCACGGCCAAAUACAAAUAUUAACCAAACCUCAAUCUCAACAACAAACACCUGCUACAAAUACAUCUAAUGCUACCACUGAUUCUGCUACUGCGUCCUCUUCGCCUGCGUCGUCGUCUACAGCGAAAACUUCUGCUACAUCUCAAGAAAAUAGCAACAAAGACAACGAUAAUAAUAAUAUUAAGGCUGAAACUUCACAGAGCACUAGUAGUAAUAGUAGCAGCAGCGCUUCUAACCAUCAGCAACAUUCAAAUAAUGUAUCACCUCCGAUCAAUCGUAGAGGUAGAGGUUAUUAUAGUAGAAGAGGAAGAUGGUAA